AUGAAGUCGGUGGCCGCCCUUCUCCUGGUGGGGAUGCUCAUCCUCUGGACAGAGCUGCCGACAGGCAGCGCCUGGUCCUGCCCACCCGUCCGCAUCACCUGCAUGAUGGUCAACCCACCAAACAAGUGCAACACUGAUCAGGAUUGUCCACGGCACACAAAGUGCUGCAGGUCCUACUGUGGGCGGAGAUGCAUCUCACGUCCAUCUUCCAUCCCUGUCUUCUACG